AUGCAACGUCUGUCCAACGACACUUUUUUCGAAAUCAGUUUUUUCGAAAUCUACAACGAACACAUCCGAGAUCUGCUGGCAGCUCCUGUUGAAGGUUGCGAUGAUAGAUCCGGCCUCCGAGUUCGUGAACAUCCGCAUAAUGGACCCUAUGUUGAAAAUCUCACGAAGCACGCUGUCAGCGACCUUGAGGAAUUACGGCGAUUUAUCGAUCGCGGAAUGGCAGCCAGGGCAACGGCUGCAACCAAUGAAAAUGCGCAGAGCAGCAGGAGUCACUCAAUCUUUACGAUCUACGUCAACCAGAAUGUGAGGAAUGACGCGGGGGGAAUUCAAUCCAUCCAAUCAAAAUUACAUUUAAUCGACUUAGCUGGAAGCAGUCCAGCGUCCCUCAACAAACUGCCCGCUACCUCAUCCACCAGACGUUGCCGCUUCGUGCCCUAUCGGGACUCAAAGUUGACCUGGCUCCUGCGUGACUCCCUCGGGGGUAACGCGAAAACCACUGUCAUCAUUACCGUUUCACCCUCGAUUCGUCACAUCCGGGAAACAGUAAAUGCCCUGCGAUUUUCACAGCGUAUAAAAUUGAUAAGGAACCGGCCCACUAGUAUCAAGGACCUAAGUUCUCCCUACAUUAGUCACCUUUUGGAUGAAAUUAAUCGGUUAAAGAGUGAAGUAAAUGAGUGGCGUCAGAUGCAUCCAAGGCAUAAAGGCUUGGGAAUGCAGCUGCUUCGUCAUCAAGGUCUUCAAACUUCGUGUGACGACAUCGUUCACCACUACAACCACCAAAGCAUCACUAUUUCUUCCUCCACCACCACCACGUCCACCACUACCAUCAUCAUCACCACCACCACCACCUCCUCCACCAUCAACUCCACCAUCUCCACCUCCAUCAUCACCACCACCUCCACCACUAGCUCCAUUGCCAUCACCAUCACCGCCCCCUCCACUACCACCUCAACCACCACCAUCAUCACCACCACCACCACUCCCACCACCUCUACCACCACCUCCUCCAUCUUCAACUCCACCACCUCCAUCUCCAUCCUCACCACCGCCUCCACCACUAGCUCCAUUACCAUCACCAUCACAACCCCUUCCACCACCACCUCCACCAAUACCUCCUCCACCAUCAACUCCACCACCUCCACCUCCAUCAUCACCACCCCCUCCACCAUCUCCACCACCACUCCCACCACCUCCACCACCGCCUCCACCACCACAAGCACCUUCGCCACCUACAUUACUACCACCAUUACAACGACUUCGACACCUCAACCAGAAGCACCGCCACCAACUCCAUAA